AUGGUAGAGUUUGAAAUGGACGAAGCCCACAGUAUUACUAAGAUGUCACAGAAAAUCGACAAAUCAGGACUGCAAAGAUUCAGAAACUCAGGCAGGGGCGAGCUCCCACGUGUUCACGGGUCCCGCGCCAUUCGGCAGGCCCGGGUCGCUCCCGGGGACGCCGGCCCGCGUGUGCACCUCCGAUCUUCGCCCGGGCUUCGAACGCCGAACAGGACCUGUCAAAGCCCGCUCCUCCCAGGGCCGGGGCGCGGAGAGGUCCCGGCUCUGAGUCGCGGGGUGCCGAGGUCCGCGUGGACCGUCACCCGCCCGGGCUCGGCGUCGCGGCCUGCUCCCGGCGCCCGCGCGGGCCUCGCACAAGAGGCGGCCCGGGCAUUGCAGUCCCCCCCAGGCCCGGACACAAAGCGGCCCAGGGGGAGCCCGCCUCACCUGCAGCACUGGGCGCCGCGGGCCUUCCAGAACCAUCGGACCCCGCUCCGGCGCGCGCGUCACAGCCCAGGCCUCCCGGUGCCGCCCGGCGCCGCCGCCGCCGCCGCCGCCAUUUCCUGCCGCUCGCCGUCGCCUCGUUCCCGCUGUCAGGUUACUCCAUUCACCUGGGCCCGGAGCCGCCCGCGCCUCACCGCGCCGCGCCCCGACCCCUCCCGCCCACGCCUGCGGAGACUGCGCAGCGCCCUGCUCGCCCGCAGCCCGCGCUCGGCCCGCGGCGACGGCGCACAGCGGCUUGGAGAAUCCCACCGGCGUCGCGCCGCCGCUCCGCGCCCCCUCACUCGCUCGCUCGCUGGCCCCGCGGCCGCAUGAAAGACGUCCUGUGAUUGGACGGAGUGCGGAGGUGAAAGGUUAAUCCCGGUACCCCAGCCAUUCAGGAGCUAGGAAACAGCGGGCUCGGGCCGAGACGGCGUCUGCGGCCCAAUGCGAAGACCAGGCUGUGUAUGUAACGCAGUCGGGCGGGCAGCGGGACUUCUGGCCCCCGCCGCCUCCGCCGCCGCGGGCUACGCAGUCUGGGCUUAGUCUAGAAGAGCCUCCCAGCUCUGGGGACUGCCCCUCGUUGAUGGUGGCGCCGUCACGGAUCCAUCAUUGCCCAUCUGCAAGCCCUUCUGCUCGGCCUUUUGGGUCCCCAGAACUGGGCCCUGUGGCCAGUCCUGGAGGCCAACUUGGACAACCAGAAAAUGCCCUCGGUGCGCAGAGGCUUGUUGGUUUUAUAGGUCGGAGCCUUCUGCCGCGCCUCCUUGCUCACAGUUCGAAGGAGUAAAGAGGCUGACUUAAAGAAAACCGUCUUAGUGCAGGACACUCCCCCACCUCCCAUGUGGGCCUCUCUUCCAGAAGAUUCCCCCCAUAGACUGCUGUACUCCAGGUGCGGGAUAGAUGGUACUAGCACCUGGCUUCUCUCUGCCCCUGGAAGCGUUUAGUCGCAGCUGUCCCGAUGCACUGCAUUCAACACGGUGGCCACCAGUCCCACGUGGUUACUGUUGCCUCUCUGAAUUAAGGUGGAGUCUCUCAGGACCACCUCAAAAGCCAGUAGGAUGGCUCACCUGGAUUGCAAGCCUGACAACCUGAGUUCAAAUCCCGGGACCCACCUAAAGCAUAUAAUCAUAAAAAAUCUCUGGAACCUUCAAAAGGAUGUCUUUGUAUGCUAAUGAGGUAACUGACAGCUGGUAGUCCCUAAGUACCUUCAGGAUGGGCACUGCCAGAAGGAUGGAACUUCCAGCCUCUGGGGAGGAGAGAAGGGUCAAGGUGAAGUUGAUCACCAGUAGCCAAUGCCCAGCACCUAUGCACUGAAGCCUCCAUAAAAAUGUAAAAGGUUUUGAAGGCUUCAAGACAGAGCCAUACGGAGGUUCCUGGUGAGUGACAUGUCUUGAGAGGGAAUGGAAGGUCCACGUCCCCUUUCCUAUACCUUACACUAUAAAUCUCUUCAUCUAUCUUCUGUAAUACCCUUUAUAAUAAGCCAGCAAACCCAUCCCCUGCAUUCUGAGAGCUGCUCUAAAGGGUUUGUAAGAACCAAUCUGUAAUUGGUUGCUGAGCAACAGCCUUAUUCUUGAUAUCUGCAGGUGAUGGGGAAGUCUUGCAUCAAAUGCUUCUACCAAGCAGAUAAUGUGAGUAACGAACAGGAUUAGAGGCAGGCCCUGGCAGCUACUGAAGAACUGCUUGCUUGCUGGCAAACUCCACACCCUUGGAAAUCACAAGUCUAAUGAUGGCUACAGUGUGAAAGACAACAGCGGGAUAACCCAGAGGAGUUCCAGUGAGGACCUGGCAUGGACAGUGUAGCUGAAACCAGAGGCCUUGGACCAGACCAAUGACUCUCUGCAAUGAGCAUUUGCAACCUGAAUGUGCCAUACUUUGAUGACAUCAGCUUCUUCGGCCUUCCAACGUUGAUUGAAGACCAA